AUGCUUGUUUCCUUGGAAUCACUCACGGCCUUUCUGGCUUGUUUCUCAGCUGGAUAUGCCCUUGAAAUUCCCUCAGACACACCUCUAUCUGAAUUGAUAUCUUCUGCCAAAGCCCACCUCGCGCAAGGCUCACCCCGAGAUGCCGUGGUAUACUUCGACGCCGCCGUCUCGCGCGAUCCAACCAACUAUAUCACUAUCUUCCAGCGGGGCGCGGCUUAUCUGUCUAUCGGUAAAAACUCACAAGCCUCGAGUGACUUUGAUCGAGUUCUAGAACUCAAGCCAGACUUCGAGGGCGCUCUUUUACAACGAUCUCGCUUAAAGGCACGCUCUGCGCAUUGGCAGGAGGCCUUGGAGGAUCUCGAGCGGGCCGGGAAGAAGUCGACGGAUGACUACAAGGAAUUAGAAGCUGCACGCGAUGCGGCCACUUUGGCUCUCAAUGCUGAAAAGCAGGGCGACUGGGAGACGUGUGUCUCGGAGGCAAAUGUGGCCAUCUUAAAGGCAAAUACAGCACUGCCUCUACGGCAGGCUCGAGCUCAUUGUCACUUCGAAAAGGGCGAAACGGAAGAAGGGCUCAGUGAUUUGGCACAUGUCUUGCAAAUGUCCCCGAACUUGGUCGAGCCUCACCUACAAAUGUCGUCUAUGCUAUUCUACUCUCUAGGGGACAGUGACCGUGGCCUUGCUCAAAUCCGUAAAUGUCUGCAUGCUGACCCCGACUCAAAACCGUGCAACCGUCUCUAUCGACGUGAGCGGAAGCUUGCCAAGCAGCUAGAAAAAUUGCAUACUGCCCUAGGCGCACGCAAAUUCAGCAAUGCAGCAAAUCUCAUGGUCGGCGAUAGCGAAUCCAAUGGGCUGAUUGCAGACAUUAAGGGCGAUGUUGAAGAAGCACGGCAGGCUAAACAUAUUCAUCGCCUGGCACCCAAUAAUCUUUACACGUUCCUAGUCGAGAAAACCUGCGAGGCUUACCGUGAAAUGCGCAUGAUUAAAAAGGCUGGUCCUUAUUGCGCCGAAGCUCUCCAGCUCGUCCCUCACUCGCUUGCCGGUCUCCUGUAUCAGGCUCAAACCGCUCUGGAUGAGGAUCGAUUUGAAGAUGCCAUACGUACGCUCGAAUCGGUCAAAGAACACCAUCCCAGUUCUCAGGAGGCGCAAACCCUCCACCAAAAGGCUCAGACCCUACUGAAGCGUUCCAAGCAGAAAGAUUACUACAAGGUUCUGGGUAUUAGUCGUGAUGCAGAUGAUCGGACGAUUAAGCGCGCGUAUCGCCAGCUAGUGAAGCAACAUCACCCUGAUAAGGCCCACUCCCAGGGUGUAAGUAAGGAAGACGCAGAGAAGAAGAUGGCGGCCAUCAAUGAAGCCUACGAGGUUCUAUCUGACUCCGAGCUCCGGACACGGUUUGAUAAUGGCGAUGAUCCCAAUGAUCCUGAAUCGCAGCAACGGGGCAAUCCAUUCCAAGGCAGCCCAUUCGGUGGUCAACAAUUCUUCUUCCAACAGGGUGGUCCACAAUUCCAAGGGAAUUUCAAAUUUCCUGGUGGAUUCCGCUAG